AUGCCACACAAUUACAGCCUGGGCUCUGUAUCUGAGGCGGAUGAGCACAUGUAUCCGGCGUCGGCAACCGCGCUUUCUGGCAGAAUGAUGGUCGCUCCGCUGGCCAGCAGCACGCAAAGCCUCAACCUGCUAACAAAUGGUUGCUAUGGCGGCUCCCCCGUUCGGACCGAUUCCGCGAGAUGUGAUUUGGCCAAAAACCUUGUCCCUAAUAAACAUACAAAGUAUAAUCCCUUGAAGUGA